CUAUUGACUCUGCCUAGAAACUUAGUGAUGGUUGUACAAAUUCAAUUGGUCAAUGCUUGGUGCUGAAUGGCUGCACACAUGCAGAGGUGGAGAUGUCACAUGACAUCCCAAGUGGACGACACAACGGGACAUCAGGCCCGUCUAAUCACAGUCAACACAGCAAUACAUGGACACACCACACAGGAGAAGCAUGAGGCAACACUGUGCACUCAAACAUGGAAUACUCAAGGAAUUCCUGGCAGAAUUCCUCGGCACCUUCGUUUUGGUUUUGUUUGGUUGCGGCUCGGUGGCCCAGACGGUCCUCAGUCGAAACACUUUGGGCGAGCCACUCACUGUGCACAUCGGCUUCUCUGUCGGGCUGAUGAUGGCCGUGUAUGUGGCGGGUGGAGUGUCAGGGGGCCACGUCAACCCUGCUGUGUCUCUGGCCAUGGUGAUUCUGGGCAAACUUAAAAUCUGGAAGUUUCCUUUCUACAUCAUCGCUCAGUUUCUGGGUGCGUUUGCAGGCGCUGCCGCAGUCUUUGGAUUGUACUACGAUGCUUUCAUGGACUUUACCAGUGGGAUUCUCUCGGUGACGGGGAUCAAUGCAACAGGUCACAUUUUUGCGUCCUACCCAGCGAGACACCUGUCAGUUCUGGGCGGAUUCAUCGAUCAGGUGGUGGGUACUGGCAUGUUGGUUUUGUGCAUCCUGGCAAUUAUUGAUGGAGGAAACAUUGGAGCCCCCAAAGGUGUGGAGCCACUGGCCAUCGGCCUGAUCAUCAUGGCCAUCGGCGUGUCCAUGGGUCUGAACUGUGGCUACCCACUGAACCCCGCCAGGGACCUGGGACCCAGGCUGUUCACUGCGGUGGCCGGAUGGGGGAUGGAGGUCUUCAGCACGGCAGGCUACUGGUGGUGGAUCCCAGUGGCGGGGCCCAUGGUGGGGGGCGUGGUCGCAGCGGUUUUGUACUACCUGCUCAUCGAGCUUCACCACCACCGCGACGAGCCCGAGAAGCCCCGUGAGGAGGAGGGGGAUGAGGAGGAGGAGGAAGACGAGGAGGACGAGGACUGCAGCCUGAAGGACAAAUAUGAGAUGAUUACGAUGAGCUAAACAAGAGACAUUCAUGACCUGCGUGUGGUUUCAUUUACUCAUGUUAUGGUCCAUCAGACAAAGAAUCCCCGCUACAGCUUCCAUCUCGGUGUGUGCUUUCUGGUCGGCCUUUUGGCCUGCUCACAACAUUACAAAUAGAAUCUAAUACAACACUAAUGCUCCUUACGCAAAAUCGUUUUGCGGUAUGCAGAGACAGGAAUGUGGUUUUCUGUUGUAACAUGUUACACCAGAAUAGAUAACUUGUAAAUACUGUACUGUCAGAUAUUAGAUAUUACACGCACAACAAUCUCCUGUAGGAUUUGCUCCUGUGAAUUUCCAGUGUAAUUUAUUAUUUUUUUAGUAUUGCUUGUAAUUUCUUAAAGGGGAACUGCACCUUUUUUUUUAAUUUUGCCUAUUUUUCCCAAUUCUUAUGAAAAACAAGACGACGGAUGGAUUUUUUUUUAAAGCAUUCUAACUCGUAAAUAAACGUAAAUGGAGGGCAGUUUACAAUGGAGCCAAUGGCCGCCUAUAAAAUCCAAUAAAUAACCAUUCAAAAAGCGCAUUUUGCGACUUGAAUAUUAACCAAGUAUUAGUGAAAUAUUAACCAAGUAUAAAUGACAUUGUUAUUAUAAGCGCUAACGCAGACAAACUAUUUAUAGCAGCGCCGUGAUCACGAGCUUGUGUGUCUAUGUUGACAUCGUUGGCUGGUGAUCUGCCUUCUCGUGUCGCAGCUCGUGAAAGUUUAUUCUAGAACAUAAAUCAUGCCUCCCAUCUUGAUAGUAGAAGGAUGAGGACGUAAUCCGACAAGUUGGUACACUUUGGCAUCCAAUUAAGACCCGGUAAUGGCGAGAAUGACACAAAAUGAUGCUUGGUUUCACCCCCCUUUUUUCUUCGCAAGAAUUAUGAGUCAUUCUUCAUCUAAAUGGGAAUAUAUGAACAUCCAAGCAGUCGGCAUCCCAAUGACCGCAGACCUUGUACAGUAAGUGAUAUUUUAUUAUGUUUGUUGGCUCUCAUGAAGUCUGCAGAGAGUAAUCAGUGAUGUCGUCGAAGAUGUGAUACAUUUUUUAAACUAAUUUACUGUGUAUGCCUAAAAUGAUCAAAAUACGUAAAUAUUAAAUGUUAUUAUAAAUGUGCCUGUUACUACAUUAUAUAUUAACUUACAUCAUGUAUAUAAAACCUUAAUGGAGGUGUUUGGAUGUUUUCUUAAUACUUUACAGGCAGAAUAGAGCGACUACCAUAGGCUCCAUUGUGAGCAGACUUUUGAUAGCAUUUAUUUAAUGUUUAGAAAUAAAAAAAAGACAAACAUGUGUGUUCUUAAUGAUUGUGAAUGAUAGGCAAAAUCACCAAAAAAGUGCAGUUAUAUCCCUUUCAGUAUACCAAAUGUAUUCCUGAUGUUGUUUUGUUAAAAUAAGAAAUGUUUAAAAAAAACAAACAGUUAUUCAUAUUAGACUUCCUCCUCUUGCUCUAUUAGAUUGGUUGCUAAACUCAAAUGGACAAACAGAAGAUUUAAAUAAGUCAAGCUAAUGAAAGUAAAUACUUAAAACUAACAUCUUACAUCACAAAACGAUCAUUUUAGCAUUGUAUAAAUAGUUACAGCAUGCCAAACACUAAUGUUAAAACUUACAGAAUAGGAAAUGGACACUUUUUCUUCUUAAUACAAAUCAUGGAAUAUAAUGUAGUUGAAUACGUUUAUAUCGCUUAUUAUUUGACUUAAUAUUGUUUAUCAACAUACUUCAAUGACAAUUCAUCACAAACGUUCUUCUUUGGGACUUAGUCUCCUGAUUGCCUAAAAGUAUUUUACACUUAAGAGUCUACAGUGCCCCCUGUGGUUUUGGCACACACUACACUUUGACAGCAGUUGUGUUUCUAAGGAGGGUCGAAUGAGACAAAAAUAGAUUAACAAAUCCAUCCAUCCAUCUAUUUUCUACCGAUUGUCCCUCUCGGGGUCACGGGGGGUGCUGGACCCUAUCUCAGCUGCACUAAGGCGGAAGGCGGGGUACACCCUGGACAAGUUGCCACCUCAUCACAGGGCCAACACAAAUAGACAGAAAACACUCACACACUAUUUAGUGUUGCCAAUCAACCUAUCCCCAGUCCCAGGUGCAUGUCUUUGGAGGUGGGAGGACGCCAGAGUACACGGAGGGAACCCACGCAAUCACGGGAAGAACAUGCAAACCCCACAUAGAAAGACCCCGCGCCCGGGAAUCGAAACCAGGACCUUCUUAUUUGAAUAUUUAAAUAAUAACUUAAAUGUGGAACUAAUUAAUCAUAAUUGGAAUUCAAUGCAUAAAUGUGCUUCUUUGUUUCAUUAAUUUGUUUAAUGUACAAUUGUAUGUCAUUAUUCAAUCAUGUAAUUAAUGAUUUAAUUGUUUAUUGUAUUUUUUUAAAUUAUUGAUUUAGUUAUUUCACGGUUCAAUUAAUUAUUGAAUAAUUGAUUGUAUUAUUUCAAGACUUAAUUAUUUAUUUCAUGAUUCAUUUAAUUCAUUCACGAUUUAACCAAUUAUUUCACGAUUUGUUUAUAGUUAUUUCAAUAUUUAAAUAAUUAUGUCAUGAUUUAUUCAGUUAUUUCAUGAACCUGUUUGUCAGCGUAUGGAAGACUACCGGUAAAUGGGACAACAUUAAAUUAAUUAAUUAAUCUUUAAAUAAUUAUUUAAAUGUGUAAAUCAUUUGUCAAUAUUUAAUUUAAUGUAACAUUACAUUUGGAAAUUACAUGAUUUAAUUAAUUAUCGAUUUAAUUAUUUCAUGAUUAAAUAUAUUUAAUUUAAAAUUACUAUUGAAUAGUGAUUUCAUUUUUUCAUGACUUAUUUCAUAAUUUAAUUACGAUUGAGCUAAUUUUUGAUUCCAUGAUUCAUUUAAUGAUUUAAUCAAUUAGUGACACAAUCAAGCAAUUAUUACAAGAUGUCUUUACUUUUGUACCCUUUGGCUCUUGUCAGCGCCUCAUGAUAUUAUUUUAUCUGUCAAACUCAGCCGUCAAAGUCAGUGGGCGGGGCUCACCCGAAUCUGGUCCAAUCCUUGCAAGUGUACGUGCCAGGUAACAAAUCAGGUGUGUUGGGAUCCACCCACUGACUUUGACGGAUAAAGUUAAUUCAUGAAGCUCUAAAUGGC